AUGGGAGCCCAACUCCAGGCCUGUGGCCGAAUCUGUUGGAGCGAUGCCCAAGCACGGUCCUCGAAAAGCAGCAGCUCGCCACCGCAUGAGUUGGAUGAAUGGGCGAGGACGGCCCGUGUCAAGGGAACUCCGGUGAUGGACGAAGCUUUCAUCUGCAUGGGGAGCAAAGCUCCAGUCUGUCCACAGGGAGCCAGGCAGGUUCCUGCAGGUCCCAUUACUCUGUCGACUUUGCAGGGCUCGUGGCUUGGCUCGGGCGGUGCUAAGAUCGUGGUCAGUGGCACCGAAGUCAGCAUCAAUGGCUUGCCACUGAAGGCUCACAAAGUUGAGCUGAAUGAUGACGGCCUUGUGGUCAGCAUUGGCAAGCUCUGGCAACUGCAGGGCUGGGCUGCGACUGGUGGGCUCGAGUUUCGAGCCUCUUCCACCCGAGAGAACAUGGAGUCUGCACGCUCCGAGCUCUGGACACGCACGGCUGCAACUUCGGCAGAGGUGUCAGAGAAGAUGAAGCUCCUCGGCUACGCCGGCAGUGCUGCAAAUCCUUUGGGGCGAGGGGUCGAAGGCUGCAUGCCGGGGACCACUGGGGCGGAGAUGCCACCGGGCUACAACACGAAGAAGGAUGCCGAAGAGGUGUCUCUGUUGUGCGCCUUGGUCAGCCAGUGGCGCGAGCCGACGACGUGUAAAGUUUGUCCGCGCAUGGUGAUCCCCGACUUCACGAACCGUGCACAGACUGGCCUGGGUGUCGAGCUGAUGCACUACGUGGCCACGUCCAUAAAGCAGAAGGGAUUCCAGAAGCGGUCCGGUCGACAGGGCCACGACAUUCCCGUGCUUGUGCGGGAGCCCCCGGGGUCCGACUCGAAGGCAGAGGCACUUCGAGUUUGGCGAGCACGUGUGGCAGAAGAGGAGGGCUUUCCGCCUGUCCGCGUACAAGACAAUGAGGAAGUUUUUACAUCCUUGGGCAAUGGCCACUUCUUCCAGGCCCUGAACUUAUUCCAGACGGAGUGGAAGGCCAUCAACGAUGACACCCGCUACUGCGUCGGGUCUGACAAGUUGUUGAAUGAGGCUCUCAACGAAGGUGUUGUGAGCGUGAUCCUUCGGCACUCCACACCUCGCCCCGUGCGAGCAAAGAUCGCUGAACUGCUCAAUGCCAAACGAGAGUUUCAAUGGACUUUGAAAGAGGAUGGGACGGUGGAUACUGGAAGCUCCUUGGAGAACACCGACUACUGCUCCCAGUUCGAGUGGCUGAGCAAAGGGAUGGAUGCGGAGCAGGUCAACUGCUUGGUCAGGACCCACCUGGGCAUCAAGGACAGCAAGCGAAUCCAGGGCUGA